AAACCUUCCGCCCGAUGCUACCAUUUACUGCUGAUCCUGCUGGUUGGAGCUCUGAGCGGCAAGCUACUAGCGACUGCCCGCGCCAAACCUACCCUCCCAUUUCAGCUGUCACAAAUACCGGGCUUUACGCACAUCGUCGAACGUCGCCUGAUGGAUGCGAUGAAAAGCUACAGCGAGCGCCGCUUGGACGUGGAAAGUCUACGAAUGAUCUACUUUCACGACCAAACCGUGGCGGUGGUAGAGCUCGGGCCCGCCAAACGUCUCAUCGGAUGCGAGCUGAUCGAAAUAUACAAUGAUGCCGAUGGGGUGGAAUUGUUGCGUAAUCUGUCAAGCAUAAACCGGCCGCUAGAGAUUUCCUUUCGCGACAUGAUCAAGCUAAUGGAGCAGUGCGAGCAGAUAGACCGGCUUAACGAGCGCAAUAGCUACCGACCGGUGGAUCAUUCUGACGCAUCGCCGGUCGCGUAUCGGAUUGCGGGAGCGGACGCACCGGAGGAGGAGAGUGGCAACAGUUCCGGUUCCGCCACUACCACCAACAAUGGAUUUUUGGCAAUGCUGAUGAAAAAUCGCAGCAGUAAGCGAGGCAUCUUCUAUUCGAGCUCGUUUUCGCUGCUUAGCGGUAUCAUACCGGGCACCAAGUGGUGUGGAACGGGUGAUAUCGCGGAGAGCUAUCACGAUUUGGGAGAGGACGCGUCGAUGGAUCGGUGCUGUCGCACCCACGACCUAUGCCCGAUGAAGGUGCGCGCGUAUCAAAAGCGUUACAAUCUAAGCAAUAAUUCCAUCUACACAAAGUCUCAUUGUAAAUGCGAUGACAUGCUGUUCGAGUGUCUUAAGCAAACCAAUACGUCCGCGGCUCAAGUGAUGGGUUCUGUCUACUUCAACUUAGUGCAAGUACCCUGCGUGGAAGACACGCCUGCCGGUCCACAGUUUCGCAAGGCACGUGAAGGCUUUUAG